UGGCAUUCAGAGGCAUGGCUCCCAUUCGGGAUUCCGUCAGCCAUUCCCCUAAUCAAACAGGUUUGGAGCAUCCUGGAUUGGAUUCACAGUAUGAGCCAUCUCCCUGGUCCUCUGGCUCCCCAUGCAGCAGUGACGGCAACAGCAACUGGGGCAAAGUCCUAGUUGAUGGAAGUACAGACAAAUCCAAUAACACUUGUUCAACCAGCUCCUCUGUCUGGCCUCCUUCCUCCUCUUCAUUUUCUUGCUCCUCCUCUUCUUCUUCUGGCUGCGGUUCAGGAUCAGAUCCUGAGCUGUCAAUAGAAUGCAUGGAUGCAGAUUCUAACUCUUCAGUCGGCUCAGAGAAGAACCUAAGCAUUGUUGCUGCAACUACCGUAAUGAUGAUGUCAGCAAAUGCUGCUUCCUCAGUAUCCUCUACAGCUUCUUCGCACUCCUCUUUGGUAACUUCUACCAUGAUGGUCGGUGCAACUGUGAAUGGAGAUGGCAACAAUCAGGUUGGAGGUGUGGGAACCAUCAGCAGUGCAAAUAAUGGAAAUAUUAUUACUGGAUCCACACACUACUCCAUGGCUGGACCCAACAGUAUUAGCAGCAAUAACAUGAGUAACCACAACAAGUUAGUCGGCAGCAGUUCUGUAUGGGGCACCCAGUCAGGCAGCAACAUGAAUACUGGCGGCAGUAACUCUUAUAUCAAUGGGUCAAACCCAAGCAUUUUAAACCCAAAUGCCAACCACGGUGCCUGGCCACAGAAUUUAACCCCAAGCCCAUUGUGCCAGGGGCAACGGCCUCCACAGGCUCCGGGGAUUAGUUCCAAACUGAAUAUGGUUCCUCAACAGGGGUCCUUGUUGGGCUGGGGUGGCAUGGCAGCUCCAGAUAACGACCGUGUGAUGGAAGACAUUGAGGUAAAUAAUGGUACAUCAAGCAGCAAGGUGAUAGGAGGCAGCAACAAUGGCAAUGGUGGUCUGCACCCUACCAACCUUAACACUGAAUCAAUUGGACCAAAUAACACUAUAAUGAUGAAUACUACUACUACUACUAGCACCACAAUGACCUCUAGUGCACCAGACUCUACCACCUCACCCCACCUCAGUGGGGAUUGUUCCUGGGGUCCCAUUGGAGGAGGAAAUGGGGGGCUGCUGGCCAAUGGAAACUCCUCAUUAGCACCCCAUCACCCUCAAGGAGAGUCAGGGGGUACUGGAUCCUUUGGUACACCUUGGGGCACAGCUACCUACCCUGUAGACAAGGGCCCCUUAAAUGUAGACACUGUGAACCCCCAAAUCUCCUCUACUGCUGCUUUCAAGAGUAAUAACCACAAUAACACUGGGGUCUCACGGUGGGACCAAGGACCCACUAAUACCCCAAACCAGCCUCAGAGUAAUAUAUCCUGGAGUGUUGGCCCAAACCAAAUUCCAGGCUCUACAGGCCAAAUAUCAGGAAAUGGAAACCAAACUACUAUGGGUCCUCCAGCAGGGAUACCUCGACCCAUGGGGAGCAGUGCAUCCUCUUCUUCCUCAUCAUCUUCUUUCACAUCUAACAGCAAAAUUUCAAAUGGAGAAUGGGGAUCAGCAACUCCUUGCAACAACAAUUCAGAUGCUGGAAGUCAAAAAGGAAGUUCUGCCAACAAUGGGUGGAAGAGCCUUGAGGAUGACGCCAUGGGCAUGGGAGGAGGCAGCGGCAGUGGAGGCCAAAACUUUGGAAGUGUCACUGGAGGCUGGGGUCGCUCUGGAGGAAGUGAAGGAAGCGCUGAGAGCUCUGGUGGUAGAUCUAGCUCAGACAGAGACGCCAGCCAGUCUAAAGGAGGAAACCGUAGAAAAGGUAACCCUACCACAGCAGUACCAUCGACGCUGACCCGGCUUGAUGUGGAUCCAAGGGUUUUGUCAAACACAGGAUGGGGACAGACACCCGUACGGCAAAACAUCGCCUGGGAUGUGAAUUCUCCUGCAAACAGCAAGGAUCCCAGAGGCGAGGAAAGAAAGAGUAGCACAGGCUCUGGCUGGGGCUCAGCAGCACAGGCAGCUCCCUCCCAGACCUCUGGAGGUUGGGGGGUUGGGCCAAGCAGCUCAGGCUCAGAUAGUGGAGGUUGGGGGGAACAGAGACAAACAUCUGGGUGGGAAAGUAAAGGACCUCCUAAUAAAGGAGGUGGGAAUAGUGGCUGGGAUGAUGAAUCCAGUUACAAGAACAGUAACACCUGGAACAACAAUAACAUCAAAGAUGACAGGUCCUCAACAUGGACUAAUGCACCUAAAAUGCAGAAGGGCUGGGGUUCCAAUAGUGGAAAUGGAAGUGAAAACUGGGGUGUUGAUGGUUCCAGAACAGGGGCCAGCAACCACUGGGGGGAACCUCAAAAAAGUGCAGGCUCAGUGGGAUGGGACAGCGACAGCGACCGGUCUGGCUCUGGAUGUUGGAGCGAGCCCGGUCGUACCAACACCAGCAGCAACAACACCUGGGUUGGCAGCGGGGGAUCAAAUACUCCAGACCAGAGCACUCCAAACUCCAGCUCUAACUGGGGAGACAAUGUCAACAAACCCAGUCCUCAGAGUAACAAUCAAGGCUGGGGUGAGCCAACGAAGAACAACCAUGGAGCUCAGAACUGGGGUGAAUCCAACUCUAAACCCUCUAACGAGUGGGGAAAAGGUCCUGAAUCCAACAUGUCCAGAGGCAAUUCAAGCUCCAACAAGCCCACGGGCUGGCUGGGGGGGCCCAUGCCCCUAGUAGGUCAGAAGGAGGAAGCUGCAACUGGAUGGGAAGAACCUUCUCCAGAGUCCAUUCGUCGGAGAAUGGAAAUUGAUGAUGGAACUGCAGCUUGGGGCGAUCCUGGCAAAUACGGUGGUGGAUCUGUCAACAUGUGGAAUAAGACAAGUCAGUCGAAUCAGGAGGCCAUAGGCCCGUCAUCUCAGAGUCAGCCUCACCCAGCACACAGCUCCACACAGCCUAUGCAGCAUCUGAACCAGGAUAAAAGCUGCAGUUCAGGGUGGGGUGAGCCUUACCCCCAACAAAAGGAGUCUUCAUCUUGGGGCGAGCCUACAGCUGGCCCACCUGUGACUGUGGACAAUGGGACAUCUGCCUGGGGGAAGCCCAUAGACAGCACUGCUGGCUGGGACGAAACCAACAGGGAAAGCAGAGAUUCUGGAUGGGGCACCCAGAACAAACCUGCAUCUUCAGGCCCUAAGCCCAUGGAGACGUGGUGUGGUGACAAUGUGUCCAUGAGCAACAGCUGGGAUCAGGAAGAGGAGGUAGAGAUCGGAAUGUGGAGCAACGGCCAGCAGGACAACAGGUCUCAUGACCAAAACACCUGGAACUACAAGAAUAAAGGCUCCAACAAGAUGAACAAACCAGUCAACAAACAGGAUGAACCCUGGAUGAAACCCUUCAUCAGUCAGUUCAACAACAUGAACUUCUCCAGAGACUCUCCUGAUGAUCCCAUGAAGACAGCAGCUGGGAUGGUCACAGACAGACGUAUGGACAUAAGCAGUAUGGGAGACUUUAAUGGCGGGGUGGGGAAGAACCCAGGGUCCCGACACCAGUUCCACAAGGAAUCUGCCAUGGAUCGCAGUCCUUACUUUGACAAGAAUGUAAACCCUAUGUUGGGUGGCAGUAGCGUAGCACAGGGCCGAGGCGGCCCACAAUCUCAGCCCCCACCUCAACCCAAUCUUCGUAACCAAGUGCCUCCACCCAUCCUGCCCUCUCAGGUCCCCCCAUCCUUGUUGAAGUACCCAGGAGGUAACGGUGGCCUGAACCCGCUGUUUGGCCCUCAGCAGGUGGCUGUGCUCAACCAACUCUCCCAGCUCAACCAGCUGUCGCAGCUCAACCAGAUCAGCCAGUUACAGCGUCUUCUCCUUCAGCAUCAGCAACAACAAAAGGCUCAAAACCAGAGAACCAUGCCUGUGGGUCGUCAAAACGAUCAGACACGUCCCAUUGGUUCAUCCCCAUCAAUGAUGCAGCUGCCGCGACACCUGGACCCCUCCCUGCUGAAGCAGGCCCUGCCACUCAAAGCAUACCAAGAAAACUACUUGUCCCAGAAUCCCUCUGAGAUGCAGAAGGAUGCUGCCACCAUCGGAUCCUUCAACAACUUCCCUUUAAACUUGAACUCUAACCUGAAUGUAUCCCUGGACAUGGGUGUUGGUGGUGGAAGUAGUAGUGGUGGAGCUGUGAAUUACAAAGAGCCACCCCAGUCCAGACUGAAGAAACUUUGGGCUGCUGACCCUCUGGAGCAGAACAGCAAAUCUGGUGCUAUGUCGUCUGGGCUGCGUCUGGAGGACUCUCCCUUCUAUGAUUUCCUGUCUCCUGGCCCCUCUCCCCUGAGUCCUCCCGGCCAAUCAAUGGGCUCUGUGGGCGAUGGCUGGCCGCCCCGUGCCAACUCCCCCCCACCCCAUGGAAACACUGUCACUUGGCCCCCAGAGUUCCGGCCCGGGGAGCCUUGGAAAGGUUACCCCAACAUUGACCCUGAGACUGACCCUUACGUGACACCUGGAAGUGUCAUCAACAACCUUUCCAUCAACACCGUCCGCGACACAGACCACCUCAGGGACAGGAACAACGGGCCAUCCUCAUCACUGAACACCACGAUGCCUUCUAACAGUGCCUGGUCAUCCAUUCGUGCCUCCAGCCACAGCGGUUCCCUCACCAGUACAGCACAAAGCACUUCAGCUCGACCCAGUGAAUCAAAGUGGUCUCCUGGUGGUGGUUCUGUGUCCAACUCCUCUCUAGCCCACGAGCUUUGGAAGGUUCCUCUGUCUCCCAAGCCGCUGCCAGUACCGGCCCCCUCCAGACCCCCACCCGGCCUCACCAGCCAGAAGCCCAACCCUGCCCCCUCUGGCUGGGAUGGCUCUGCCCUGAGGCUGGGGGGCUGGGCCUCCUCUGAGUCCAGAUACACACCUGGUUCCAGUUGGGGUGAAAGCAGCAGCUCAGGAAGAAGUCAAUGGCUUGUUCUGAAAAAUCUCACACCUCAGAUCGAUGGCUCAACGCUGAGGACCUUGUGUAUGCAGCACGGCCCUCUGAUCACAUUCCACCUCAACCUGCCACAUGGCAACGCCGUGGUUUGCUACAGCUCGAAGGAUGAGGCUGCCAAGGCCCAGAAGAGCCUGCACAUGUGUGUUUUGGGGAACACUACUAUUCUGGCUGAGUUUGCCAGCGAGGAGGAAAUCAACCGUUUCUUUGCACAAGGGCAGUCAAUGGCCACUCCCUCCUCUGGCUGGCAGACCAUAGGCUCCUCUCCGAGCAGAAUGGAUCAGUCUCACCCCUUUCCCAGCCGCGCCUCUGAACUGAACCAGUGGAACAGCAGCGACCUACAGAGGUCCUCUCUCUGGGGCGGGCCCAACUAUUCCAGUAGCCUGUGGGGGACCCCCGGUGGCACCGAGUCGGGAAGGAUCAGCAGCCCCUCUCCAAUCAGCUCCUUCCUCCCGGUGGAUCACCUGACGGGGGGCGGCGACUCCAUGUGAGCCUCGCGGUCAAACCGACUGGGGGAAGGGUCAGUGUUGAAUUGUUAAUCAUCAGAAGAAAAUGGAUUUAAAAAAAAAAAAAAGUAGUUCUAAAUGCAACGGCACUAGUUGGACUCUUUCUCACUUACAAGAUAUUCAACAAAACGGGGUCUCCCCCCGUGGAAUACAAGUUACGUUUCUCUUUCUGCACAUAUGUCCACUUUGUUUUAGCCCAAAAACAUAUCAGUCGGAAUACUUGAAUCAUGCAGGCCAAUUCUAUAAUGUGAACAGAUGGAUUUUUGCUUCCAGGUAGUGCUCUUUCAGACCGAAAAA